AUGGAGGGAUUGGAAAAUAACAGAUACCUUCUCGUCGCGGGGAAGCUCAUCCGCAACCUCCCAGUCGCCAUUUCGUGCUACCCCGGCCCCUACCAUAACAAGGAUGAGUGUGCCCAGGUCUAUUCGCACCGAUUCAAUUCCACAUUCCAGGAACUCUCUCCUGUCGGGUACUGCUACCCGACCGAUGAUGUCUGUCCGCCGGUUGAUCUGCGCAAGGAUACCCCUGGAACGUGCAUCCUUGGCCCUGCUCCGGUGUAUACGAUUAACGCUACCGAGCCGGCAGAACUCGCUGCGGGUAUGGCCUUUGCACAGAGGCACAAUGUCCGGUUGGUUGUCAGAAAUACUGGGCACGAUAUCUUGGGAAAGUCCGAGGGUUAUGGCGCGCUUCAAAUCUGGACCAAGUAUAUCCAGAAGGGUAUUACGAUACAAGAAAAAUAUCGCCCCUCCGAUAAAUGCUCCAAUAGUGACUGGACCGGUGCGGCGCUUACAAUUGGUGGCGGCUAUGUCUGGGCAGAUGUGUAUGAGUUUGCCUUCAAGCGCGGUAUUACGGUUGUCGGCGGCGGCGAUCCGACCGUGGGAUGCAUUGGUGGUUAUACACAAGGCGGUGGUCAUUCCCCUGCAAGCCACGAAUACGGCCUUGCCGCAGACCAAGUACUCGAGACCCAAGUUGUUCUUGCAAAUGGCUCGAUCGUGACCGCCAACCCGUGCCACCAUGCAGAUCUACUUUUUGCGCUCCGUGGUGGUGGAGGUGGGAGCUAUGGCGUCGUGAUCUCCAUGACAGUCAAGGGAUAUCCCACCAAGCCCGUCGUCGCUCAAUCGCUUACCAUCAUGCCUCUCACAAACAACACAGAGAUACUUCUAGAUGCCAUCACACAAGUUUGGGAAGACUAUCCACGCCUCAUGGAUGCAGGCUUCUCAGGAUAUGGGACUUGGUCCAUCAACAGCCCCACUGUACUCUUCGCUAAGCAAACGGUUGGCUAUGUACAUGCUGUUGCAGCUAUGGACAAGUCCCUCAAUGAUGCCAAGAACACUUUCCAACCUCUCCUCCAGAAGUUGGGAAAGUACAAUGAGACUUCACUCUGCGUCUCAGUGACCUGGUUUCAGUUCCCCACAUAUGCGGCUUAUUACCGUGCCAUGUCUGGUGUCCACCAGACUGUCGGCUCGUCGAAGUCUGCUUUAACAUCACGCAUGUUCAGUAAAGCCGCUCUUACAGACAGCCCUUCCGAUCUUCGCAACAUGAUCGGUGUCAUCGCAGGACAGCCGGAAGAGCAUACUAUCAAUAGUGUUGAGCUUGUUGGCGGCGGCAAAGUCAUCGCCAAUAAGGAUGAUCAGUACUCAGGUGUCAACCCUGCCUGGCGAUCCACUUACGUUGUCAAUGUGGUUGCCAGAGGCUGGGCGGAGGGGAACGAUAUGCGUACUGUCCAAAAUAUCAAAGCCGACAUCACUUAUCACAAAGGUGGGGCAAUGAGACGCCAGACGCCAGAUGGGGGCAGCUACAUGAAUGAGGCAGAUAAGAAUGACCCCCAAUGGGCAUCUGACUUUUAUGGCUCCCACUACCCCCGCCUUGCUGCAAUAAAGAAGAAAUAUGACCCGAAUGAUCUAUUCUGGUGCCACACAUGUGUAGGUAGCACGUCUUGGCAUCAGCAGUAUCUGGAUGGCAAAGACUAUGGGCCUCUUUGCCGGACUGUAUGA